AUGCAAAUCUUCGUUAAGACACUCACUGGUAAAACAAUCACCUUGGAAGUAGAAUCAUCCGAUUCCAUCGACAACGUCAAGCAAAAGAUCCAAGAUAAGGAGGGUAUCCCACCAGAUCAACAACGUUUGAUUUUCGCUGGCAAGCAAUUAGAAGACGGUCGCUCUCUUUCCGACUACAACAUUCAGAAGGAAUCCACCCUCCAUUUGGUGCUUCGUUUAAGAGGUGGUAUGCAAAUCUUUGUCAAGACCCUCACUGGCAAGACAAUUACAUUAGAGGUAGAAUCAUCCGAUUCCAUCGACAACGUCAAGCAAAAGAUUCAAGAUAAGGAAGGUAUCCCACCAGAUCAGCAACGUCUGAUUUUCGCCGGCAAGCAAUUAGAGGAUGGUCGUUCUUUGUCAGAUUACAAUAUCCAAAAGGAGUCCACUUUACACUUAGUAUUACGUCUUCGUGGUGGAGGAAACAUGUCAGGUGAUUCUUCAUCAACAACAACAGCAAGUGACGAGAAGCCUGCACCAAGAAAGAAGAGUAGAUGUGCAUACUCAAGUUGUUCUGAUAAAGUGGUCAAGAUUAUUGGUGAUUGUAGAUACUGUCAACACAAGUUCUGCUCUCGACACAGAUUACCAGAAGAUCAUGUUUGUGAAAAUUUGAUGAGCUGUAGACAAGCAGCACAUGAACGUAAUAGUAUAAAGUUGCUCAGCGAACGUUGUGUUGCAAGUAAAGUUUAG